UGUGAAUCGACACUCUGUGUUCCAGAUGUUUGCUUUAAAGAACCAUGCCUCAAUGGUGGCACUUGCACGGAGCGAGAGGGCCAGAUUCUGUGUCUUUGCUUACCCACCUACGGGGGAGAUCUGUGUGAGCAGGAUCUGGAGAGCUGCGAACCAGGCUGGGACAAGUUCCACGGCUUCUGCUACCGACACUUCAGCCAGCGUCUGAGCUGGGAGGUGGCCGAGCAGCACUGCCGCGUGCAAGGUGCCCAUCUGGCCUCCAUCAUGACCCCCGAGGAGCAGGCCUACAUUAACAGCAACUACAAAGAGUAUCAGUGGACGGGCUUGAACGAUAAGACCAUCGAGAUGGAUUUCAGGUGGUCUGACGGCAAUCCGUUGUUGUACGAGAACUGGUACCGAGGGCAGCCUGACAGCUACUUCCUGUCCGGUGAGGACUGCGUGGUGAUGGUGUGGCAUGACGACGGCCGCUGGAGCGACGUGCCCUGCAACUACCACCUGGCCUACACCUGCAAGAAAGGCACAUCAUCAUGCGGCCCACCGCCGAAGGUCCGCAAUGCCUCCAUCUUCGGGAAGCCUCGGCAACGCUACGAGACAGACAGCGUGGUGCGUUAUCACUGCUCUCAGGGGUUCCAGCAGAGACUCAAUCCACUGAUCCGCUGUCGGUCUGGGGGCAGCUGGGAGAGGCCUCAAAUUCAGUGCAUCCCAGAGCAUGGAGGUCUAAACCUUGACGCUGAAAUUAUGUCAUCGACGGAUGGCAACUUGGCCGCCUUUCACGACGGUUUUGAAACCACCACAGAGACGCCACUUUACUGGGACAUCAAGUUUUAAAAGCACCACUCGGCUUACCGUACAAACCACAUUCUGCUGUCCUCCCUUGACAAGGUGAAAAAUGUGCUUUUACCGAUUAAUGUUACUCACGUGUCAAACUGUUUGAUUCCUUUUGUUAUACACAUUGCAGAAUGGUGCUAAUACAUCAGUAUUGCAUACCCAACGUGCUCAUGUUUUCUGUCUGUCCAUAUCAAAAGUGUAAAGUAACAUACCCGCUUUUUCAGAACAAUCCUGCGCACAUUUUUUGGAGACACAGUUUUGUUCGUCAGCUUUAUGUUGUAAUAAAGUUUUGUAGAACAGAGCAAAGAAUAAAUGGUUCUCUUCUUCCAA